UUGGAUUUGGAAAAUGGAGACCCUUUUGGGUGCUCUUUCCCGUACGCUCCUGCACUUUCCUCCCCCACCUUGUUACGGGAGACCGAACAGGGAGAGAGAAGGGCUGAUGAGGAUGCCCUUCCUCUUCUCUCUACAUCUACUUCUUAUCUUCUAAUUUUCACCUAGCCAUGGCGAUUCAAAACCCCACUUCACUGUCGUUCCUUCCAUCCAAACCCUCAUUUCCCGCUUCUCUCCAACGCGCGUCUACCCUCCACCUCCCCAUCCUCCGCUACCGUGCUGCCGCCGAGGCCUCAAAUGCUGCAGCAUCUCCAUCGCCAGACUGGUUUGUUCCUCAGGGCCCUUCCUCCGGCUGGGAUGAUAAGGUAGUCGGUCGGAGCCCUGGGGUGAGGACCAACGCCCAGGAGGAUGAUAAGGGCGUUGGAAGAACGAAAAAGAAACGAUGGUGGUGGUGGGCUCGGGACAGGGAGAGCUAUCUGGUCGAUGAUUCGGACGCUCUCCCGCUUCCCAUGACCUAUCCUGGUUCCUCGCCUGCUAGUCCGGAAGAGAUCGACCGGCGGGUCCAAUGUGAUCCGGAUGUCCAGGAGUGCAAGGAAGUUGUUUACGAGUGGACAGGGAAGUGCAGGAGUUGCCAGGGAACGGGUUUUGUUAGCUAUUACAGCAAAAAGGGGCGUGAGACAAUCUGCAAGUGUAUUCCUUGCCUUGGGUUAG